AUGAGUGAAAGUAUUGAUAUGGAAUUAAAAUUAGUUAUAGAAGAUGAAUCAGAUGAAUAUUAUAAAGAUGAAUCAAGUGAUAUUAGUGAAUUAAAUGAAAAAGAAUUAAAUGAAUUAAAAUUAAAGAAAUUAAAAGAAUUUAAAUCAACAUUAAACAAUAAAAGUAAUUAUUUAACAAAGAAAUUAAAUGAAGAUGGAUUAAGUGAGGUUGAUGAAGUAUCAGAAAAAAUUAAUGAAAGAUUAAAAGAAUUUAAAGAUGAAAAAUUAAAAGAGAAAGAAAAAUUAAAAAAUCGCAACAAAAAUAUGAUGUAUCUUAUGAUUUUAAGCAACAAUUCACAACUAAAUAGAAAUAAUUAA